AUGAUAACGAACAAACACAUAAUUAAACGUGAAGAUGAGGAGAAAAAUAUAAAGAGAUAUAGUAACAAUGACAUUUUAAAUAAUUAUAACAAAAAUAUGGAACAAAAUUCACUAAAAAAUAUAAAUUUAAAAAUUACAGAUGAAGAAAUAAAACUACAUUUAAAAAUUAUAGAGUCAUUAUAUCCUAAUUUUAAAUUACAAAUUGGAAAAUUAAUUAAUGGGAGUUAUAACAUUUUUACAAAGUUUUUAGUACAAUCUCAUUUAGAUGAUUUUAAUUCUUUUAUAAAUGUAUAUAUAAAAAAUAUGCCUGAAUCAAUACCUGCAAUAGAAUUUUCACCACAGAUGAAUAAUUAUUCUGUUUUAAAUGCUUAUAGAAAUUCAUCUAAAUAUGUUAAAUUUUAUGUUAGUGAUAUAGAAAUAAGAAAUCCAUUAAUUAAAAAUGAAAAAGGAGAAUUAAGAAAUGAUUAUCCAUAUUUAUGUAAAUUAUCCUCAAGAAAUUAUGAAGGAGAAAUUUUUAUAAAAAUAAACAAGCAAUAUAAUGAUGAAAUAACUAGUACUGUUGUUAGUGCUGGCCACAUUCCUAUUAUGGUUUUAUCAGAUCUUUGUAAUUUGAGUAAUUUAAGUAAAAAAGAAUUGAUUAAAAAAGGAGAAGAUGAAAAUUUAUUAGGUGGAUUCUUUAUUAUAUCAGGACAUCUGAAAGUUAUUAGAUAUGUAAUUUAUCCGAAGUAUAACACAUUACUUCUUAAUGAGGAAAAUAAAGUUCACAUUAAUUGUUUAUUAAAUGAUAACACAGUUUUUAUUAAUUUUUUAACAUAUUCAAAAUAUAAUUUUUACUCAUAUGGAGUUAAAUUUCAAAAUUCAGUAAUUACUAUACCCUUUCAUAUUUUAAUAGUACUAUUAAGUCCAAUAAAAAAAAAGAAUUACAUAUUUAAUAAAAUAAAAAUAGGAAUAAAAAAUGAAAAUGCAAUUAAAUAUAUAGAGCAAUUUAUCAAUUCUAUAUUCAUAAAAAAUGACAUUAAUGAAAAAGAAAUAUUUGAAGAAUGCAAUUUAAGUUAUCUAGGUAGAAAUUCCUAUUUUAGAAGAGGAAUUUUUAGGAUUUAUCAAGUAUCUCAUGAAAAAAAAGGAAAAUAUAUUUUGAAAUAUUGUGUACUUCCUCAUAUACAAAAUAACACAGAAAAAUUUGAAACAUUGUGUUUGAUGUUUAAAAAAUUAGUUUUAAGUAAAUUUAAAUUAAUUAAUUGUGCAAAUAAAGACUCUUUAGAAUAUCAUGCUGUUACUACAUGUAGUCAUUUAUUAGCAAAUUUGUUGAAAGAUCAAAUAAUGACUGCUCUAAGUCGUUUUCAUUAUCAAUAUUCUAGGUCUUUUUAUAAAUUAUUAGAAAAAAAAUAUGAUAUAUUUAAAAUAAGUGUAAAACAAAUAUAUUUAAGAUAUAAAGAAAUGAUAUUAAAUGAAAUAAAAGAAGAUCAUUUAAAUCAAAUUCCUUUAGAAGAUACUAGCAAAGAUAAAAACCUGAAUGAUCAAGGUGAUUCGAAUGUAUUAAGAUAUAAAAAUGAAUCAAAGAGAAAAUUGAGAUCAAUUUUCAUUGAUGAAAAAGAAAAAUUAUUUACAACUGUAGAAAGUUAUAUAGAAGAACUGUUUAAUGAUAAUACUAUGUUCAUAGAAAAAGUUAAGGCUUUUUCAACGAUAAGUUUAGCAAUAAUAUACUUUUUUAAAACAGGAAAUAUUUCUUCAGAUAAUUUACAUUAUCAGCAAAAAAGUGGAUGGGUUAUCUCAGCUGAUGAAAUUAACAACUUAAGGUUAUUAACAAAUUUUAGAGCUAUACAUAGAGGAUGCUUUUUUCAAGAUGUUAAGGUAUUAACACCUAGAAAAUUAUUAGGGGAAUCAUGGGGAUUUAUAUGCCCUGUUCAUACUCCUGACGGGUCUCCAUGUGGUUUGCUAAAUCAUCUUUCUCAAUUUUGUUAUAUUCAUAAUUUAGCUAGUAAUGAAUCACAUAAAUUGAAUAUAAAAUUGUAUCUAAAAAAAAUUGGUAUCAAUGUAAAUUUAGAUGAGACAAGUGGUAUACAAGUUGUUUUUGAAGACGAAAAUAUUCCCAUUAUUGUUGAUUCAAUUCCUAUUACCUAUAUUGGCUAUAAAGAUUUUAAAAGAACUGUUUAUAAAUUAAAAUAUGCAAAAAAUCAUAAUUUGUAUAAUUUAAAAUCAUAUUUUGAAAUAAAUGCAUAUCUUAAUGAAUCAUCUAUGAUGGAUUGUAUAUUAAUCAAUACAUUUCCAGGAAGAAUAAUUAGACCUUUAUUUAAUUUGAAAAUGAAAUCUAUUGAAUUCAUUUCUCCUUCAUAUCAGCCAUAUGUAUCUAUUGCUAUAAACUAUGAAGAUAUUAAAAAGAAUAAUAUAGCAAGAAAACUUUUAAAAAAAAGAGAAGAAAUUGUUAAUUCAAAAAAAAAAGAUGAGCAGAAGUUCACAUUAAAGCAACAGUAUUUAUUUCAUAUGAAUGAUAAAAGUGUUUCUUCAAAAAUUAAAAAUAAAUUGACUAAUUCAUCUAAUUACAUGUUAAAAAAGUCAAAUAUUAAUAAAAAAGUAUUAAAAAUGUUAACAGAAAAUUGUUAUACAAAGAAUACAGAUAGUUAUAUUAGUAGUUCUGAAUAUGAAACUAGCAGUAAUUCUUGUAUAGAUUCAGAAGAUAAUAAUAUAUCAUCGACAACCUAUAUAGACAGUGAUGAAAACAUAAACGUUGAUAUAUAUGAGCAAAUGCCUCAAAAAUUUGAAUAUAUGGAAUUAAAGGAAACAUCAUUUUUAUCUUUUUUAGCAUCUUUAACACCCUUUUCUGAUCAUAAUCAAAGCCCACGUAAUAUUUAUCAAUGUCAAAUGUUAAAACAGACAAUGGGAAUACAAAGUUUAAAUAUGUUAUAUACAUUCACAAAUAAAAUAUACAGAAUGAUAACUCCUCAACUUCCUUUAGUUGUAACAAGAGAUUAUGAAUUUUAUGGAGUGGAUAAUUAUCCUAGUGGAACAAAUGCAGUAGUCGCAAUCUUAUCCUAUACAGGUUAUGAUAUGGAAGAUGCUCUAAUAUUAAAUAAGGGAAGUGUAGACAGAGGUAUUUUUCAAACACAUAUAUAUAAAACAGAAUUAAUAGAUUUACAAAAAGUUGCAGGGUCAGGUGAUUUUGUAUUUGGAAAUAACAUUAAAUACACAAAUAGUUACAAAAACAAUAACAAUAAUUAUGAACACAUAGGUAAAAUGUUAAAUAAUGAUGGUUUACCUAGCAUACAGCAAAAAAUUAAAGAAUCUAGCCCCUUAUAUUCAUAUAUUAAUAAAAAAAAUGAAUUAACAACAUAUGAAAGUUUUAAAAGGCAUGGAGAAUAUUAUGUAGACUUUGUAAGUCUUGCAAAGAAUAAUUCUAAUCAAAUUGCAAUUGUCAAAUUACGAUCAACGAGAAAACCUCAAGUAGGAGAUAAAUUUGCAUCAAGACAUGGUCAAAAAGGAGUUGUUUCAAUGUUAUUUCCUCAUGAAGAUAUGCCUUUUUCAGAAAGUGGAAUAGUUCCUGAUGUCAUUUUCAAUCCUCAUGGUAUUCCUUCACGUAUGACUAUUGGAAUGCUUAUAGAAAGUAUCUGUGGAAAAGCUGCUUCUGUAUACGGUAAAAGAAUUGAUGCUACACCAUUUAGAAAAUAUACCAAACAGAAGAGCUUUAAUAAUCAAUGGAUUGAUAAUUGUGGUAUUAAGGGAUAUUUACAGGAAAGAAAUGAAAAGAAAAAUAUAUUUACAGAAAAAGAAGGAUAUGAAAACAUCUAUACUAUUCAAGAUAACCAUAAAAAGGAAAAAAAAAUUUCCUUCCAUACAACAUCAAAUGAGAAUCAAAAUAAUUCAGAUAACCUCAAUUAUCAACCAAACAAAAAAAAUAAAAAAAAUUCUGCUAUAACAUAUGAUGAUAAAAUUGAUUAUUUUGCAAAAUUGUUAUUAAAUAGGGGAUAUGAUUAUUAUGGAACGGAAUUAUUAUACAGUGGUAUUUAUGGAGUUCCAUUACAAGCACAUAUAUUUAUUGGUGUAAUUUAUUAUCAAAGAUUAAGACAUAUGGCUUAUGAUAAAGCUCAAGUAAGGAGAUUAGGACCUGUUUGUAAUUUAACACAUCAACCAUUAAAAGGUAAAAGAAAACAUGGAGGAAUAAGAUUAGGAGAAAUGGAAAGGGAUGGGAUUAUAUCUCAUGGUUGUAGUUUUGUUAUUAAUGAAAGAUUUUUAAUGAGCUCAGAUGGACAUGAAUGUUUUGUUUGUCCUAAAUGUGGAUUAAUAUUAUCACCUAUUUUACAAUUUAAUGUAAGUGGGAAAAUAAUGAAAGGUAGAUCUAUUGGAGGAAAAAAUAAAAUGGCUGUUUGUAAAUCAUGUAAUGUAUCUUGUAAAAUUAUUUAUAUUCCAUAUGUUAUACGUUAUUUAUUAAAUGAAUUAAUAUGCUUAAAUGUUACUAUAAGAUUAAAUAUAAAAUCAGUUGAAGAUAUGUUUAAUUUGAAGUAA